UUUCUGAAAGUGCCAGUCCCGAAAGCCUGCUGCGUGGGGCCCCCCUGCCGCUGGGUCCUGAGGCUCAGAGUCAAGCACCUUGCAAAGUUGGAGCUGCUCUUCCCGAACGUGGCACGGGCAGCAGUGAGCUGCCCGGGGCUGAUGGUGCCAAGCCCGGGGCAGGGCAGUGCCAGGGGCCCUAGCGGGGCAGGCUGCGGCGGCGGGGGCGCUCCGCGCCCUGGCCUGGCCAUGGAGGGGCGGAGAGGGCAAAGCCCCGGGUCCUGCAGCGCUCAGCUCGGCCAGACUCAGCCCCCUGCUCCUGCUGCUGCUUGAUCUGAAUGUGCUGAGGCUGGAGCUGCCCCCAGAGCUGCUGUGAUGGCGGCAGCGCGGGCUCCGCACCGGGACUCGCCCUGCCCGCAGCAGCGCCCUCGCUGAAGGCGGCGCGCCCCGGGGAAGGGGGGCUGCAGCAGCCCGGCGAGCCGCCCACCCGCGCCGCGGGCAUCGCCCCCACUCGCGUCCCUCCAGUCCCCGCAGGGCGGAAAGGCGGCGGCGGCGGCUGCAUUGUGAAGCGCGCAGCGGAUCGCAGGCCCGGGAGCAGCUGGGCUCGCUCCCUCCCGCCCGAGCCCGAUGAGCCAGCCGGACAGCAGCGCCCCGGAGCCGGCGGCGGCGCCGGGAGAGCAGGCUGAUGAGAGCAGCAGUACUGGGAAGAGAAGCUCUUCAAGCAGGGAGCACUUGAAGAGGAGUCCGAAGAGCCCGAAAGCAGAGGGCUCUGAUUCUGUGACAUCUCAGUCCUCGCCGAGUGAAGAGCCCGGAACAAUGACAGAGGUGAAAGUGAAAACAGAGAUACCAGAUGACUAUAUUCAAGAGGUGAUCUGGCAGGAUGACACCAAAGAUUCCAAGAAAAACAUAAAGGAUGGGCCAGGAGAUGUGCCAGCAGAAAUCUGUGUGGUGAUUGGAGGGGUCCGCAACCAGCAGACACUUGAUGGAAAAGCAGUGGAACACAGCUCUCCUGUUGGAUAUACACGAAAUCGAUACUCAGGCACCUGGAUUUUUGACCAUGCAUUGAGAUACACAUCCGGGUCUUAUGAGUGUGGAAUAUGUGGGAAGAAAUACAAGUAUUACAACUGUUUCCAGACCCAUGUGCGGGCGCAUAGAGACACUGAAGCUGCCUCAGGUGAAGGAGCCUCACAAGGCAACAAUUUUAGGUACACAUGUGACAUUUGUGGGAAAAAAUAUAAAUACUACAGCUGUUUCCAAGAGCACAGAGACCUGCAUGCAGUGGAUGUUUUUAGUGUGGAAGGGGCCCCAGAAAACCGGGCAGAUCCUUAUGACCAGACAGUCAUAGCAGCAGAUGAAGUGAAAGAGGAGGAGCCAGAACCAUUUCAGAAGAUUGGUCCAAAAACUGGCAAUUAUACAUGUGAAUUCUGUGGCAAGCAGUACAAAUAUUACACUCCCUACCAGGAACAUGUGGCGCUGCAUGCACCUAUUAAACAUUUUGGAUUUUCAGUCCAGCAUCUGAUAGAAAUUCACAAGACAAAGUUCUCUCGAUCUCCACUCUUCGUGGCAGUGAAGACACAGGCGAGCCAAUCCGGCAAAAAAACACCGGCUUCCAUAAUCCGAUGUUCCACCCUCCUGCACCGCUCCCCGUCCGGUAUCCCACCGGCAUCCCAAUCCCAGAUGUUCCGCGCUCCAAAUUCUGGAUCCCCAGGAAGCAAGGCCACGACAGCAGAAAGCGCAUUCAGUAGGAGAGUGGAAGGCAAAGCGCAAAACAACUUUGAAGAAACAAACAGCAGCUCCCAAAACUCUAGUGAAACCGCAAGUCCCCUGAUUUCAAAUCCUUUCCCGCUUUUACAAAAACCUUACACCUGUGGAGCUUGUGGAAUCCAGUUUCAGUUUUAUAACAAUCUGCUGGAGCACAUGCAGUCCCAUGCAGCUGACAAUGAGAACAAUAUUGCCUCUAACCAACCCAGAUCACCUCUGACUGUUGUGGAAGAAAAAUGGAAACCACAGCUCCAAAGAAACAAUGCCAAUAAUACAUCUGCAAGUGGUUCAGUAGCAAACAGUGCAAUCCCGGAGAAGGAGCGGCAGAACAUUGCUGAAAGGCUGCUGCGGGUGAUGUGCACCGACCUCGGAGCUUUGAGUGUGGUGAGCGGGAAGGAAUUCAUCAAGCUGGCACAGACCUUGGUGGAUAGUGGUGCUCGCUACGGUGCUUUCUCUGUCACAGAAAUCCUUGGCAACUUCAACACACUGGCGCUGAAGCAUUUGCCUCGGAUGUACAACCAAGUGAAAGUGAAAGUCACCUGUGCCCUGGGCAGCAAUGCCUGCCUGGGCAUAGGUGUCACUUGCCAUUCUCAGAGCGUUGGCCCUGAUUCCUGCUACAUCCUGACAGCUUAUCAGGUUGAAGGCAACCACAUCAAGAGUUAUGUCCUGGGAAUUAAGGGGGUGGACAUCCGAGAUAAUGGUGAUUUUAUCCACCACUGGGUGCAGAACGUGAUGUCUGAGUUUGUGAUGUCGGAAAUCAGGACAGUGUACGUCACAGACUGCAAAGUCAACUCCUCUGCGUUCUCCAAGGCAGGCAUGUGCUUACGUUGUUCGGCCUGUGCCUUGAACUCAGUCGUGCAGAGUGUGUUGAGUAAGCGAACACUACAGGCUCGCAACAUGCAUGAAGUCAUCGAGCUCCUGAAUGUCUGUGAAGAUUUGGCAGGAUCCACGGGCCUCUCAAAGGAGACCUUUGGCUCUCUGGAGGAGACGUCUCCCCCACCGUGCUGGAACUCAGUGACUGACUCUCUCCUGCUUGUCCAUGAGCGUUAUGAGCAGAUAUGUGAGUUCUACAGCAGAGCCAAGAAGAUGAACCUCAUCCAAAACCUGAACAAGCAUCUUCUCAGCAACCUGGCAGCCAUUUUGGCCCCAGUGAAACAAGCAGUUAUUGAACUGAGCAAUGAGAGCCGGCCCACCCUGCAGCUGGUACUGCCCACCUAUGUGAAACUGGAGAAACUGUUCACUUCCAAAGCCAAUGACGCUGGCAUAGUCAGCAAGCUUUGCCACCUCUUCCUAGAGGCACUGAAGGAGAACUUCAAAGUUCACUCUGCACACAAAGUAGCCAUGAUCUUGGACCCUCAGCAGAAGCUGCGGCCAGUCCCACCAUACCAACAUGAAGAGAUCAUUGGCAAGGUCUGUGAAUUGAUCAAUGAAGUGAAAGAGUCCUGGGCAGAAGAACCAGAAUUUGAACCUUCUACGAAGAAACCACGGGCAGCAGGUGAGGCCCCGCCAGCUCAGGAAGAAGAGCAGUUUGGGAAAAAUGAAGUCUACGAUUAUUUGCAAGAACCCCUCUUCCAGGCCACCCCUGAUCUAUUUCAGUACUGGUCGUGUGUUACCCAAAAGCAUACGAAACUAGCCAAGUUGGCCUUUUGGCUCUUAGCAGUGCCUGCUGUCGGUGCCAGAAGUGAAUGUGUAAAUAUGUGUGAGCAGGCCCUCUUAAUCAAAAGGAGGCGGCUGCUCAGUCCAGAAGACAUGAACAAACUCAUGUUUUUGAAGUCCAACAUGCUUUAAAACUGUCUUUUAAUUAAAAAAAAAUUAAAACACUGUUCCAAACAAAGAAAAGAAUUUAAGUUCUAAACACUGUGGACCUCAUUAUGAAAGCCCCUGGAAACCAAGUGCUUAUAUAUGUGUGUGUAUGAUUUUAUAUAUAUAUAUAUAUAUAUAUAUAUGUGUGUGUGUGUGUGUGUACACACACAUAUAUAUAUAAAAUAUAAUAAAAAAAUAAGUUUCAGAGGGAAGCCGAGCACGUAUCAGACACAGCCCUCUGCCAGGAACGUGCUCCUUUCUGUUAGCUAGCAUGUGGACUUGACAGACUUUCUAAUAUUUUCAAGUGGGCACACCAAUGGGAGGCUGACAUUCUAAAAUCUUCAGGCAGCUGUGAUCUAAAGUGACUUGAAGUUUCUUUUAUUUCUCCUCCACCACCACCCCCUCCUCUUGUCCCCUGGGCCACUUUGCCAUGGAUAAUCAAACAACAUUGACUAGACCGGUUCUCCACUGGGCUUUGCUCCUCUGAAGAACUGUACACCUUGAGGGCAUUCGUUUGUAGCCUUCUUAACAUACGUUGCGUGUUAUGAAGGCCGCUGUAUUUUACAAGCACUAGUAUCUCUAGAAAUCAGGAAGGGAGACUUUAAGGAAACACAUUUUUUUGCAUUUUAAUAUAAGAAAAAAAUUAUACUCUUCUGUCUCCACUCCCAUUUUUGAGUUUAAUGUUUUAGCUAGUGAUUUUACUUUUUCGAGUUUGAUUUAGAACUGAAAGAAAUGAUUAUGGCAAAAAGUGUCUGUAACUGUUAUGUUUUACAGAAUUUUUUUUUACAAGAUCAACUUUUCUGAAGUCCCACUGUAAACUAGCUCAUCUCACCUGUGCAUCUUCUAUAGCAGUGGUUCUUAAACUUGUUCAUAGAGUAGAAUCAAUCUUCACGGAGGGAUAGUCAUGUCAAUACCUCCUGUCCCAUUGAGGACCAACAACAUCCCUGUGGGAACUGCUGCAAUUGCUUAAAUGGAGAAGUAACAUUAGCAAAGUAAUUUAUUUUUAGUGUCUUUCAAUACACUUUAACAGCUAGCCUGGUAUGACUGGACAGGUUUCUGUGGACCACCAGCAAGUGAUCCACAGGCCACCAGUGGUCCACAGGCUUCAGUUUGAGAACCUCUGCUAUACAACAUUUUUGUAAGCCUUCCCCAUACACGUGUCAAAACAAUCUUCAGAUGGUCAAGAACAAACCAAGGUGUAUGAUAUAUCAGGGGAGCAGAGGUCAUCAGUUUUCAAAAUGUAGGGUUUGAAGGAAGCUAAGAUAAGCGUAUGGGCUUCUGAAUGUAUGUACUCCCACUUGAGUGCAGGGUACCUUCUCGCGUUAUUCUGAACAGUUUCCUCUGCUAGCACGAAUGUCUUUUAAAUACCUAUAGUGCAUUACACUACUUGCUACACUGCUGAAUCAUUCUGGCUGGUAAGGUCCUGUGACCUUAAAACUUCAUGUUCACUGGCUCGUCAGACAUAUAGCCCAUUACCACUUGCAGUAUAGCAGAUUGUUAUAAAACCCAAGUAUCAUGAGUCAUUUCUGCUGGCAGCCCAGGCGAGCUCUCUAAUGGUAUGUCUGUACUGCAAAAAAAGCCUCAGCUGACUUGGGCUCGCAGAGCUUGCACUACAGGGCUAAAAAUAGCAGUGUAGAUGUUCCACUUUGGGCUGGAGCCCAGACUCUGAGACCUCCUCCACUCGCGGAGUCUGUAAGCCCAGGCUCCAGUCCAAGCAGGAACAUCUACACUACUAUUUUUAGUCCCGAGGUGUGAACCCGAGUCAGUUGACCGGGCUGUGAAACUCACUACUGCUGGAGCUUUUUUGCAGUGUAGACAAAUCCUGAAUGUCUGCACACAAAGUUGAGUGGUGUCACACCUGACCUCUUAGAUCUGGUGUUCUCGGACAAACUGAAUUCUCCACCAAAGGGAUUUGGAUCCCAGUGGCAAAAUUAAGUAAAUUCCUUUCUUGAUGCAUCCUCUCACACUUCAAGCAGUUUGCUCCCUAGUUGGAAUCACUGGUGACGAGACCGAUCUUACAGAUUUAUAUGCCCAGAUGAGUCUCUAGAGCAGUUUAGUUGGUAACAUUAUCAACUCUGAACUGAAAGGUUGUGGGUUGAAGUUCGUGAGCAGGAUGUGGGUCUGUGCUGCAUGCUGACAAUGUACUGCUGGGGACAAAGGAGGCUGCUGCACACUCAGAGGUACCAUCCACUGAACAGACAUUAAGCCAAGAUUCCUUCUGCCGAUCUCUGGUUGCGGUGACAAUUAAAGAUCCCAAGACACUUGUUAGAAAUGGAGGAUAAAGCCCAGAGUCCUGGCCAAUAAAUCUCUCUCCUAGUGGAACAAGUUCUAAUGCCCCAUGUGAGCACACAUCGGUUGCUGUUUGCUUGCAGUCACUUGCACUCCCAGUAUCUAACACUUCCCCUCCAGACACCUAGAUUAUGAAAGGCACUGAAUUGGCCUGUGGCCUGUAUUGCUCAGAGCUGGGAGACAAUAGUGACCCCUACUUGUUCCAGGCACAUCUAAGAACAGCCCUGGGUAUGCAGAUAUCUUUCCAACAGAUCUCUGCCCCUUCCCGGCUAGGGAUCAGCACCUCAUGCAGACUGAAUAGGCUGAAGAUUGUGUUGGCUUCCUGCCCAUGACGCCAGUGCAAAAUCAUCCAUCUUCUAAAUUCAAUUGUAAGUGUGGUUGUGGAGGUCUUUAUUCUA